AUGCAUGGUCGCUUUGCGGAAGCUGCAGCGCUGUGCCCCUCAGCCCUUGGGAACUCCGAAACCGCAUGGCAAUGGUGGAUUGGCAACUUCUCUCGCUUGCAGCAGCUGCAUACUCUGCUGCCCUACGUCCCUGUUUCCAACCCGAAGCUCAGUCCGGCCACUUAUGAGGGCGUGCUAGUGGAGCUACUCGUCUCCCCGCACUCCUCCUACCACCGCCAGCUGCCCCCCACAUUAGCCCGCUGGCCGCCUGCUCUCUACAACCUGGGCGCCAUCAUUGCUGCUGCAGAGGAGCGCCUGCUGCAGCACGGCACUGCCAUACAGCUGCAGCUCCUAGCAGGCCUGUACGUGCGCAACAGAGACUUCAUCGAGGCUCUGGACGUCUAUUUGCGGAUUCUGGUGGCACAGCACAGGGCGAACCACACUGUUUUGAAUGAUGCUACUCAGCUAACGGAUUCCCAUGAACGCAUGGAUGAACAUGCUCGGGCGCCUGCUGCUGCUGAGAUGGAUGGGGGUUUUCAAGGGCGUGUGACAAGCCAUGCUGACGUGGAUGGAGAACAGUUGCAUUCACCCGUAAAACUCCCUGUUAAUGGCAAGGUAGCAGGCAAAGGUGCGGCAGGCAUGGAGACAGCUCACAAAGGAAACAUCAAUAGAAGGGCUGCAGGUCCAUCCUCGGAAGACCAGCGCCGAUACCCAGCGCAAGAAUCCACCAAUGUCUCAUCCCCUAGCGAGUCAUUAGCGAGUGCGAAAUGGCCGGGGCCUGAUGUUUUUGAGUUUAUUCGAGAGCACAGGCUUGUGCGCCACCUCCUCUCUCCCGCCGCCACCCACCACCACCGCCUGCCCUCCCUCUUCCUCAUCCACCCGCGUCGCGCUGCCGCCCUCCUCGCCGACCACAUCGCCGUCGCGCCGCCCGAGAUCGUCGUCCGCCAGCUGCUGGGCGUCGAUUCGCCGGGCUUUCUUGGGCCGCCUGAGCCUGCCACUGUGCGCCAGCUGUCGCCGCAUGGUUCGGCGACGCUGGUGGAUGGAGCAGUAAAUGGGGUUGGUGAUGGGGAAGGGAGUGAAGCGGUUGAGCUGUAUGCAGACUUUGACCGCCGCCUGCUGCUGCCCUUCCUGCAGUCAUCUGACCACUACCCCUUGCAAGACGCUCUAAACCUGUGUGUGCAAAGAGGCCUGGUGGAGGAGCAGGUGUUUCUGCUCACCCGCAUGGGUGAUUACAAGGAAGCGCUAUCUCUCCUGUUAGACCGACUCAAGGACGUGAACCGGUUCCUCCCUCUACUCCACCAAUUCCAGCCUCGGUCCAACCAUUCACCCUUGUCACCUCUUCAAGCACACUUGAUCCAAUUUCUAAUCCAUGUUGCUCUCGCCUUCCAGGUGGCAGCACUCAUGGAGCAAGCAUCAGAUAUCUUCUCUCCCAAGCAGCUGCUUGCUGGAGUCGCACCAAACACUUACCUAAAAGAGUUGCGGCAGCAUCUGCUGGCAGUGCUGGCAGCGUCAGCAACUGAGGUGUCUCUCCGCCAGGGCUGCAUCGCCCUCAUGCAGUCCGAGUGCAUCGACCUCCUCUGCCUCUUCAUCCUCCAAUCGCAGUUCGCCGCCCGCUUCUCCUCCUCCGCUGCACCGAUCCACUUUCCUCUUCUCCCCCUGCCAUCUUCCACUGCAACAUCAACCAGCACACUGCUCCCUUCCCCUCAAGCCACGUCUGCAUAUACUUCUUCUCAGUCCACCUCUGGGUUCUUUCCUGGUGGAGCUGCUGGGACGUCACUACUCAGUCUGUACUCCCGCAAGCCGUUUCGAAGGAAGGCAUUUAUGGGAAGGUUUUCUGGCACGGCCAUGUUUCCAGACACACCGAUGGACCUUUUCAGGUCCGAGGAGAUGCAGUUAGUGCAGCUAAUCAUUCCUGCCGAAGCUGCACAUAACACCGUCGCUCAUCUUGGGGAGCUCGGUCUACUGCAGUUUAAGGAUUUAAAUCCGGACAAAAGCCCCUUUCAGCGAACCUACGCGAAUCAGGUUAAGCGAUGCGGGGAAAUGGCACGAAAGCUUCGUUAUUUCAAGGAUCAGUCCGUGAAGGCUGGAAUUUUACCAAGUAGCCCAGCACCAUUGGACAAGGAUUUUGACCUAGACGACCUGGAGGUCAAACUGGCUGAGCUGGAGGCGGAGUUACUGGAGAUAAAUGCUAACGCUGAAAAGCUUCUACGAAGCCGAAAUGAGCUGAAUGAAUUGCAACUCGUCCUAGAAAAGAUGGAUGCUGCUGUCCACCAAAGGGAGUUUGAAGAAGCAAGCUCGGGCCGGGAAAUAACGUCUGACACUGCACUGCUAUUGGAGCAGGAAAUGGUCUCAGAACCUGGCAAGCAGAUGCGCCUUGGAUUCGUUACAGGGCUUGUCCCUAAGGUCAAGGCUGCAACAUUUGAGAGGAUUCUGUUCCGAGCAACUCGUGGAAACAUGUACCUUAAGCAGGAGGAGCUUGACGAGCCAGUAGUGGAUCCCGCAACAGGAGAAGAAGUGGAGAAGGUGGUCUUCGUUGUUUUCUUUGCUGGUGAACGAGCUCGGACUAAGAUCAUGAAAAUCUGUGAGGCAUUUGGUGCAAAUCGCUACCCAUUUCCAGAGGACCCACAGAAACAGAGGCAAAUGCAUUCUGAGGUCAUCGCACGGUUAUCGGAGUUGCAGACCACCAUUGAUGCAGGCAACAGACACAGAGAUAGUUUGCUGAACAACAUAAGCUACCAGAUCGAAAACUGGGCAAGCCUGGUUCGAAGGGAGAAGGCUAUCUACCACAUAUUGAACCAGCUGUCCAUCGACGUCACUCGCAAGUGCCUUCUGGCUGAGGCAUGGUGCCCUGUUUAUGCGAAGUCAGAGAUUCAAGAUGCUCUUCAUCGUGCAGUAACGAUGAGCAAGGCAGAUGUGGGUACUAUCUUUCAGACAAUUCGUCAUGGCGAGUCCCCUCCGACAUACUUUAAGACCAACAAGUUCACUGGUGCUUUUCAAGGGAUCAUCGAUGCUUACGGCAUGGCACGGUACCGGGAGGCCAACCCUGGGGUUUUUACCAUCAUCACCUUUCCAUUUCUCUUUGCUAUCAUGUUUGGUGACUGGGGUCAUGGCAUCCUGAUGCUCCUUGCAUCCCUUUGGCUUGUCAAGAACGAGAGGAAGUUGGGCUCCCAGAAACUUGGUGACAUUAUGGAGAUGGUGUAUGGAGGCCGCUACCUCAUCCUGCUUAUGUCUAUUUUCUCCAUCUACACUGGCUUCGUUUACAACGAGUUCUUUGCUGUCGCCUUCGAUUUUGCCAUAUUUGGUGGCUCGGCAUACACUUGUCGCACCCCAGACUGCGGUGAUGCAGCCUCUGCUGGUUUGGUGAAGACAGGCAACACGUACCUUUUUGGAGUGGACCCUCGAUGGAAGGGCUCUCGCACAGAGCUGCCCUUCUUAAACUCACUCAAGAUGAAGAUGAGCAUUGUGCUGGGAGUCACUCACAUGUUUCUGGGCCUUGCUCUCAGCCUCUGCAACGCCCUCUUCUUUGACCUGCCACUCAACAUCUGGUACGAGUUCAUCCCACAGGUCCUAUUCUUGGCUUCUUUGUUCGGCUAUCUCUCGCUGCUCAUCAUAGUCAAGUGGAUCACAGCUUCCCAAGCUGAUCUCUAUCAUGUCAUGAUCUACAUGUUUCUCAACCCCACUGAGCCACUGGGAGAGAACGAGCUGUUUUGGGGGCAAGGAACACUUCAGAUCGUCUUGCUACUUAUUGCACUGAUUUCUGUUCCGUGGAUGCUCUUUCCCAAGCCUCUAAUUCUACGGGCUGAGCACAUGAAGAAGCGUCAGGGGCGAGCAUAUGCAGCGCUGAACUCAGACAAUGAACUGUAUGAGAUGGAGGCGUUGCAUCCAGGGGAGGAGGGGCAAUUGCACCAUCAUCAACAUGAGGAGGAGUUUGAGUUUGGGGAGGUGAUGGUGCAUCAGAUGAUUCACACCAUCGAGUUUGUGCUGGGCGCCGUCUCUAACACGGCCUCCUACCUGCGUCUUUGGGCUCUCAGCUUGGCACAUGCAGAACUUUCAGCUGUCUUCUUUGAGCGAGUUCUGCUUCCAGCGUUCGAGUCUGGAAACACCAUCUUCAUUAUCAUUGGAUUCUUUGUCUUUGCAUCAGCAACCGUUGGUGUGCUUCUACUCAUGGAGACUCUCAGUGCGUUCCUCCAUGCACUCCGUCUGCACUGGGUCGAGUUCAUGAACAAGUUCUACACUGGAGAUGGAUACAAGUUCCUACCAUUCUCGUUUGAUACAAUCGCUGAUGAUGAAGAGUAG